AUGGGUAAGAUUCUCCGAGAAACCGCGAAGCCAUCGGCGAAUUCUUCAUCGGCGUGCCCCUCUUCGGCGGCGCCUGCCACCACGUCGUCUACGUCGGUGACGGAGACGGUGAGGGGCUCGCACCAGUUCAAGAUCACGGGGUACUCGCUCUCCAAGGGGAUCGGGAUUGGGAAGUACAUGGCCUCCGACGUGUUUUCCGUUGGAGGGUACGAUUGGGCGAUUUAUUUCUACCCAGAUGGGAAGAGCGUGGAGGACAAUGCGACCUACGUGUCGCUCUUCAUUGCCCUGGCCAGCGACGGAACCGACGUUAGGGCACUUUUCGAGUUGACCCUUUUGGAUCAGAGUGGCAAGGAGAGGCACAAGGUGCAUAGCCAUUUCGAGAGGACGCUAGAAAGCGGGCCUUACACGUUAAAAUACCGCGGUAGUAUGUGGGGAUACAAACGAUUUUUUAAGAGAACAGCCCUAGAGACAUCAGACUACCUUAAAGAUGAUUGUCUCUCUGUGAAUUGUAGUGUUGGUGUUGUGAGGUCACGUACGGAAGGUCCUAAAAUCUAUACUAUAGCAAUACCGCCUUCUAGCAUUGGUCAGCAAUUUGGGCAACUACUGGAAAAUCGUAAAGGAAGUGAUGUGAAUUUUGAAGUGAAUGGAGAAAUUUUUGCUGCUCAUAAAUUGGUACUAGCAGCUCGCUCACCUGUUUUUAGAGCACAGCUUUUUGGUCCUAUGAAAGAUCAGAAUACCCAGUGUAUUAAAGUUGAAGACAUGGAGGCUCCAGUUUUCAAGGCAUUGCUUCAUUUUAUAUACUGGGACUCGCUACCAGACAUGCAUGAGCUUACUGGGUUGAACUCAAAAUGGGCAUCAACCUUGAUGGCUCAGCAUCUUCUAGCAGCAGCUGAUCGAUACGGCUUAGAGAGACUUAGGCUGACGUGCGAAGCAAGUCUCUGUGAAGAUGUAGAAAUUAAUACUGUGGCUACGACUCUAGCCUUGGCAGAGCAGCACCAUUGUUUCCAGCUGAAAGCUGUUUGUCUCAAGUUCAUUGCUACUUCUGAAAAUCUUAGAGCUGUGAUGCAAACUGACGGAUUUGAGUACUUGAAGGAAAGUUGCCCAUGUGUUCUGACUGAGCUAUUGGAGUACGUGGCCAGAUUUACUGAGCAUUCGGACUUUAUGUGCAAGCAUAGGAAUGAAGCACUACUUGAUGGCAGUGACAUAAAUGGGAGGCGGGUGAAGCAAAGGCUCUAG